GUCAUUCUUCCGCUAACAGGAUGUUGAGAAACCAAACUUUUGGAUCAAGCGCCGUCGAGUAGUCUUAAGCUCGAAUGGUUGAUCCUCCUUACUUGUGACGUCUUGGCAGCCGAGGUUCAAGACCGCAGCUGAGCUCCAUCACUAAUCACCUCCACCUCCUCGGUCACACAUGGAAUUAUCCUAGGUACUCCGCAUAUAGACGUGGCUGCGUACAGAUAUCGGUAUGAAGCUCAUAAAGUCGCUCGCCGGAAGCUGAAGUACCGUUACUCCCUAUAACGUUGCGAAUCGCGGGAAAUUGACACUGUACCUACGCGAAGUAACUCACAAGCUCCAGUAACAUGACGACGUCAAGUAGACAGGUCGCCCUCGUCGUAGGCGCUUCCAGAGGUAUUGGGAGGCAGAUCGCCAUUGACCUGGCUAGAGAUGGGUAUGCAGUCGCCGUCGCAGCGAAAAGCACUUCCGAUGCCUCACAAACACACCCAUUCCCUCCCGAUCCCAACUCAAGUGAAUCCACCGUAAGCACCGUUGAGCGCGAGAUCCGCGAAGCCGGCGGCGAAGCAACAGCAAUUAACGUCGACACCCGCGACUUCCCAAGCAUACAACGCAUGGUCGACCAGACUGUCGCAAAGUACGGGCGUCUGGACGUACUCGUUUACAACUCCGGUGCGAUAUGGUGGGCCAGCGUGGAGAAGACGCCUAUGAAGCGAUUCCAGCUCAUGCAAAGGGUCAAUGUAGAAGGCUUGUACGGCACGAUUCAAGCUGCACUCCCCCAAUUCGAGAAGAUUGGGUGGAAAGGACGUAUCAUUGUCGUCAGCCCGCCGAUAUACUCGCGCUUUUUCCGGGGCAAAACGGCCUAUGCAAUGGGAAAGGUCGCUAUGAGUGUGCUCACGCAAGGCCUGGCCAUGGAUUUCGAACGUGAGGGCAAACGCGACAUGGCGAUUACUAGUAUUUGGCCUGCUACCGCUAUCCAGUCUGCUGCGACGGAGAAGCUGGCUCGAGAAGAUGCGAGCGAUCUGAGGAAACCGACUAUCUUCUCGGACGCGAUUCUUGCUAUGAUUCGUGCGCCGGUGGCUGAUGUAAAUGGGUGUUUAGAGCUUGACGAAGACUUUUUGAGGAAGAGAGGCGUGAAUGAGUUCGGGGGGUACAGUGUAGUGCCCGGGUCGGAGCCAAGGAGGAUAAUGCCAGAGCACUUCCCCGAUCUCACGGUAAGGGAGCAGGAUGACGAGGGGCGGAGGAUGGACAGUACCAAGUUGCGGGUUUCCAAGCUAUGACUGACCUAUCGUUUGUUAAUCAAGGCAUCAAGGCAUUCAACGAACACGAAGCUGGACAUGAUUUCCUUCAUCUAUCAUAUGAACUGGCAUGAUCCGUUUCGAGGCGACGAAGAAAGCGAUCGAGGUAUCUGGCAGUAUCAAGAUGAAGGCGUAAGCAGCAAACGGGAGAAGAAGCGAAGCUCGAAACAUGUUGUCACACGUAGAGACGCGCCGCAGUUUUUCUGACGGGAUCGAAAGGCUUCG